UGACUUACAGAAAUAACAACUCUUAAACUGGCAUAUUUCUUCAAUUAACAUGACCAACGUUUAUUGCUCAUAGCAGCCGCUUACUUCUAACCCCAUCUGUAUCUACUGCAAACAGGGUUGACAGGAUGGAUAUGUCACUGACUGACUGACAAGACUGCAACCAUAGAAACAUAGCAGCUUGCAUACACUGCUAGCAGUACAGUGACGACUUCAAUGUCUACAAAUCUGGUCCCACAAGGAUUAAGUGGCCUUUCUCAGCCCCAUUCAAUUCAUUUCAUAGCUCACACAGUCUCCUCAGCAGCCCACCACUAUCCUGCAGCAGCUCCCAGCGACCGUGAUGCCUCCUGGCUCCGCUCCUUCCAUCAGGCCUGGUAGUCACGUCAAGGAGGACCUUGUAGAGCUGAUGAUGAUCCAGAAUGCCCAGAUGAACCAGGUCAUCAUGAACAACAUGACCAUGUCAGCCCUCAGCUUGUUCGGAUACUCCGGUUCUCCGUCGGGCCCUGCGACUCCCAGGGAUCUGGUGAUAAUACAAGAGAAUGAGGCUGACCCAGAGAUAUACCAUCACUAUUACCAGCCAGCCUACCCAGCAUGGCUCCUGCAUCAGGCCACACUUGUCUACCAAGACCCCAACAAACCUGACUCUUCUCCACCACACAGAGACAGGCAUGCUGCCCCUCCUCCUUCCCCACACAGCGCCACUGUGACUGUGGGAGUCAACGUCACUCCCGCAGCAGAAAACAACAGUGCUGCUGUGGCAGAAGAAGAGAAGAAGAGAGAGCAAUGAUUAAUUCACUGACCAAAUGUAUUUUUUCAUGGGCACAAGUAGGGAAAAAACAAUCUUGAAUUUAUUUGUCUUCACUAAUAGAUUUAUGAUUUCAUACUUAUAGUUGAUAUUGUCUUAAGUAUUACAAUUAUGUUCAUUUACAAUAGAUGAAACAAGCGAAUAAAUAUGAUAUUGUGUGUUU